UGUGUGUCACACACACACACACACUCACACUCACUCACUCACUCACUCAUCUGAUCUCGGGGUUUGUCUCGGGGACAGUGAACUAGUGCUCGGGGAUUAGUCUGUAGAGUUUCAGCUGAAAUGUUGAGCAGGAGCUCGGUGGAGGAGAUCAACAGCAGGCGGGUGGAUGGCUGAGCUGUCAGACUGAGAGAGUGUGUGUGAUUCAGUUUUUCUUUCAGGGUUCCUCUGAAGAGACGUCUUUGGUUCCUAUAGAAGACCUCCGGCGGCACACGUCAUGUCCAACGCGGACGUAAACGAGAGCACUCCUCUUUUGGACAGCACGGGGACUCAUUACAGGCCGGAGUCGAUUUUCCGAGGGCGUCGCCUGGCGUGCGCCGCCAUCCUGCUGGCCGAGUCUCUGGAGCGCGUGGCGUUUUACGGCAUCACCUCGAACCUGGUGCUGUUCCUCAACAGCAGCCCGUUUUACUGGGAGGGAACGCUAGCCAGCCAGACGCCGCUCAUCUUCAUGGGCGUCACGUAUCUGGUGUCUCCGUUCGGCGGCUGGUUGGCCGACGCCUGCCUGGGAAAGUUCUGGACCAUCGCGGGGAGUUUCGUCUUGUAUUUACUCGGCAUGCUGCUUUUCCCCUUCGUGUCCAGCGAUAACACUCGGGUGGCUCUGUGUGGGGAGGAGAUGGCGUUUCCUGUCCAGCCGGUCGAGUGUUAUAACACGAGCGCGCCACUUCCUGCCAACGUGAGCUGCCCGACGCGGCAGGCCUACUGCGGUCCUGUGAUCUACACGGGCCUGGUCCUGGUGGCUCUGGGCGUGGGAGCGGUGAAGUCCAACAUCACGCCGUUCGGAGCGGAUCAGGUGAAGGAUCGUGGUCCAGAAGCGACGCGGCGAUUCUUUAACUGGUUUUACUGGUGCAUCAAUCUGGGUGCGAUCGUGUCUCUGGGCGGUGUCGCGUACAUCCAGCAGAACGUGAGCUUCUCGGUGGGAUUCACCAUCCCCGCCGUCUGUCUCGGGAUCUCUCUGGUCAUCUUCCUCCUGGGAUUCACCGUGUUCAUCAGCAAACCGCCGGACGGCAGCGCCUUCACACACUUGGUGAAAAUCCUGGGGUCGGCCUGCUGUGGAGGACCUGCAGAACCUCAAAUGCUCAGGCCUAAGCCCAGUCUUCUGGACGGAGCGAAGGUGACCUACGGAGGGAAGUUCUCCGAAGAGAAAGUAGAGGAAGUGAAAUCUCUACUGAAAAUCCUGCCUGUGUUUCUAGCACUCAUCCCUUACUGGACCGUCUACUUCCAGAUGCAGACGACGUAUUACCUGCAGAGCCUCCACCUGCACAUCCCCGGCACCGAGGCUCAGAACUCCACGGAGCUCCAGCAGACACGCUUCGUAUUCCCGGCUGCGUGGUUGACGAUGGUGGACGCCGUGUUGAUCCUGAUGCUGAUUCCUCUGAAGGAUAAAGUUGUGGAUCCGAUACUGAAGCGCCGAGGCCUGCUGCCGUCCUCGCUGAAGAGGAUCGCCGUCGGAAUGUUCUUCAUCAUGUGCUCCGCCGUCGCUGCUGGUAUCUUGGAGACUAAGAGGUUGGAGAUCGUUCGCAAUCAGGUCCCGAUCAAUCAGGACCUCGGCGGCGUGACGUAUUACGCAGCCAACCUGCCCAUAUGGUGGCAGAUUCCUCAGUACGUCCUCAUCGGCAUCAGCGAAAUCUUCGCCAGCAUCGCAGGGUUGGAGUUUGCGUACUCGGCGGCUCCCCGCUCCAUGCAGAGUGCUAUAAUGGGUCUGUUCUUCUUCUUCUCUGGUAUCGGCUCGUUUGUGGGCUCCGGCCUGCUCGCCAUCGUCGCUCUCAAACCCAUCGGCUGGAUGUCCUCACACCAGGACUUUGGAAACAUCAACAACUGCAUGCUGAAUUAUUAUUUCUUCCUCCUGGCCGGUAUUCAGGGCGUCACGCUCCUCCUCUUCCUCAUCGUCUCAUUCAAAUACGAUAAACAGAGACCCAAAGUGAACCACAGGUCUUCAUUCAACUCCUGACCCACACACACACACACAUACACACACACACACACACACACACACACACACACACUGCAGAUUUCCCAGCAUGCCUCAGCAGGCGCCUGUGCCACACUACCCACCUGCAGUUAUUUAUAUAUUUCCUGUUUCUCUCUUCGGUCGGUUUGUAAAGAGAAUCACGUCUCGGCGACUCGAGGUCACGUUGAAAAAUUUGGGAGUUUUGGUGUUGGAUCUCGAAUCAGCAGCUUCCUCGUCCUCGUGUUCCUGCCUUUCAUUUCAUUUCUCCCGCAGAGCUGACGGGUUUAAUAUCAAGAGAAUAUUCCAUCCAUCCCUGUGCCUCAUCCCUGCGACUGUGAGUUUCCGUGAAAUGUUCUCACGCGAUCUUAACGAGAGAGAGUCGAGAGAGUGAGCGUGUUAACGUGAUUCGUGCGCUUUAACGGCUUCUUUUACAAACCACGACCGAACCAAGGACGUUUUUAAGGUCGCGGUCUCACCGUUACUCCGCCUGCAGCCGAUCAGACCGUCUCCACAAACAUCUCCACAAUCCUCCGUCUUCCUGCUUCAAGCGUUACGCAUUCUCUCGCGCUCUCGUUUUUUAAACGUAAAAUAGCAGCUUGUUUUUUUUUUUUUAUACUUUUUAAAAUUGUUAUCUCUCUUUAAAAACGAGCUGAUACCAAAACGUGUCGGAUCACGUCCUCGGUCAGUUGUUUUAUUCUUCAUCUAAUCAUUUGUACAUUUAAAAUAUAUAUAUACAUAUUAAUUCGACGACGUCACUGUAGAAUUUUGCCCAGGAGAACAGUCACGAUGUUCGCAGAGGGUGUACAAACUUUGGUCUCGGCAUUUCCCCUCUAUCUCAGCACUUCCUCCACGUUCGGUGGUGAUGUCGAUGCAGGAGGCACGCGUUCCUUCACGCUGAGAUCCGACUCCGCCUUUGUUUUUCACAAGAACGCCGUGUUUGAAUUUCACGUGUUCUUUAAGCUUCAGGAGGAGGAGGAGCCUCAGGUUCGGGAAAGCGAACUGCACACAGAAUAACAAAACGUUUAAUAAUAAAAAACAAAUCUUUAUUUUGAUUGUGAUUACCCAAGAUGGCUGCCUGAUAACAAGAUGUCUGCCUUUUAGUGUGAAAGCUUGUGUUUUGUGACUCCGUUUGCACUGUCGCGUCCCUCCUCCAGCACCGCACCUGUACCCAGGAACACACGCCUGAUCCAGCUCAGUCGCUCGUCGUCGUGGCUCACGAUGACGGCGUUAAAGCGAUUGGGUCGUGUUUAGGAAUCGGGCGCGCGUCGUAUCUGCACUGUGAUGAAGUUUAAAGUGGCGUUAAACUGGAAGAAGUUUAUUCCUGUUGAGAAAUCUGUUCACACUCGUCGGUCUUUAAGACCCGUUUUAUUCGUACGUGAUUUUUUUUGCACUCUGAUGUUUUUAUAAUGCGUUUCGAAUUCAUUUUAAGAAUUUUGUGCAUUUUUAUUGAUUUGUACUUUAUUUCCUCGGACUGACUGACAUCUCGCUUUUCUCCUCUCCUCUGAUAAUGACUGCUACAGAAAUAAACAAAAUAUUCCUAAAUCAGCUGCUUCCAUGUCUUUCUUUCACACUAAAGAGAC